AUGGUUGGCACUCUACAAGCCUCAGAUCGACUGGUUAACCAGAUCAGUGAGACGUCUAGGAAGUUCGACGUCAGCGAAGUGUUCAACCAUCUCUUGGUGACUUUAAGCGAUUGGCCGAACGUUACAUCCAUGGAUAGUACAUCCACUACACCGGCGGUACACAGAGUGAGCGAUGGCCCUCUCUGUAUCGCUUGUUCCGUGCCACUACGUACGAAAGCCGAUAUCUCCUCGCUUUGCAGCGAGGAGUCCGACGUGGACGAGCAGUGGCUCCCGCGUAAUGACGACGCGGACGAGCAGUGGCUCCCGCGCGAAGACGACGCGGUCGAACAGAAGUUCCCGCACGAUAUAGCAGUGGUCGAACACGAACAGGUGUUUCCACCUGCACCCAUUGUGGUCAAGCAGAGGCUCCCACAAAGGCAAGAUGUGGCCGAGCAGGGGCUCGCCACAGAGUGUGACGUGGAUGGACAAGAGUCCCCACGUGCGAACAUGAUGGUAGAACAGAGGUUCCCAUCAUCGCCCACUGUGGUAGAACAGAUGUUUCCACAUGAGCAAGACGUGGUCGAGCAGGGGAUCCCACACGCGUUUGUGGCGGUCAGACAUGGGCUCUCGCAUCAUGCGUCGACAGACGAGUAUGGACUACUCCCGUCGCGCGGUUUCGACGUCCUGCAUGAGGACACCCAGCGUCUAGAGGAGGGAUGCAGAUUUAUCACCUGA